UAACAUGUGUUUCAGUCUUUCCUGGUAAUUACCUGUAUUUUAGUGAUUUACAUGGUUAUGAGUUUUAUUUCCUCCACGUGCCACAGGGGCGUUACAGGCAGCUUGUCCCCGCCCAGGUCACGUGUCGAUGAGCGGACAGCCAAUCGCGAGGCAGCAGAGGAAACAGCUGACGGUGAACAACAACACAGGAGUCCGCUCCUGCAGGUGCUGCUGCGAGACUCUGUGUGUGGAUCUGCUGCCACGUUCAUGCCGCUACAACCUGUAGCUCCUCUUGCAGGAGGAAGGUGCAGCGGGCCGAUCCACUGAGGAAGAGGAGGGAGACGACGACGAGGAGGAGGAGGAGGACGCCCGGACGUCCGCCGUCCGUCCCCGGCCAGCCCCGCACGAUGGCCCCGUCUCUGAUCCGAGCCUGCCGCAGUCUGGCUCUCUCGACGUGGCUGCUCUCCCUCUGCUUCGUCCACCUGCUGUGUCUGGACUUCACGGUGGCGGAGAAGGAGGAGUGGUACACCGCCUUCGUCAACAUCACGCACCUGGACCCCGUCACCGCGGAGGUGAGGACGGAGAAGACCGAGUGCGGUCGCUACGGCGAGCACUCGCCCAAGAAGGAAGCCCGGGGUCUGGUGCUGGUGCCGAGCCUCCUGCAGGACAGACAGGCGUGCGACCCCCACGUCAGGUUCCCCCCCGUGUCUCACAACGCCGCAUGGGUGGCGCUGGUGGCUGCGGGAAACUGUACCUACAGGGAGAAGAUCCGGAACGUCGCCAACCUCAACGCCUCUGCAGUUGUCAUAUACAACGUGGGCCCCGGCAGCCCCAACGAUACCAUAACAAUGCCCCAUCCAGGUACAGGUGAUGUUGUCGCCAUCAUGAUCCCAGAGCCUAAAGGGCUUGAGAUCGUUGCCUUGCUGGAGCAGAAAACCAUGGUCAUGCUGCAAAUCACCAUUGGAACCCGAAACCUGCAGAAGUACGUGAGCAGAACGUCGGUGGUGUUCGUCUCCAUCUCCUUCAUCGUGCUCAUGAUCAUCUCCCUCGCUUGGCUCGUCUUCUACUACAUCCAGAGGUUCCGCUACGCGAACGCACGGGACCGCAACCAGAGACGUCUUGGAGAUGCUGCCAAAAAAGCCAUCAGCAAGCUUCAAAUACGCACCAUUAAGAAAGGAGACAAGGAGACCGAGUCAGACUUUGACAACUGUGCAGUUUGCAUUGAAGGUUAUAAACCUAAUGAUGUUGUGAGGGUGCUACCAUGCAGGCAUGUUUUCCAUAAACACUGUGUAGAUCCAUGGCUACAAGACCACCGGACAUGUCCCAUGUGUAAAAUGAACAUCCUCAAAGCCUUGGGAGUCCCUCUCAAUGCAGACUGCUCAGACGAGAUUCCCCCAGACUACGACAUGUCUGUCGGAGGUCCAUCCACCAACCCCAUCAGCGGCGCGAGUGAAAUCACAGUGAACGAGAGCUCGGUGGUGCUGGACCCUGCGGACAGAGGGAUAGGCCUGCAGCAGCUCCAACCUGACACAGAGACGCCGCUUCAGGCAGCAGAGAGCCACCUCAUGGCCAGCAGUGAGCACCAGCCUCCGCUCAGCAGUGAUUCUGACACCUCUGUUAUCAUGGGCAUGGAGGUGGGUAUGUCUGAAAUAGACCUGUCCACAGAGCCAGAAUGUGACGAGGGCAAAUCCUGAGCCGGUCGGAGCUGAGAGGAGAAAGGAUGACGAGAGCAGAACAGAGUGAUCGGGGGCUCCCACAGAUCCGCCGGGUCUUUGGCCCCCUGGAGGAGGUGAUCUCAUGGAAAAUGGGCAAAUGAGCAAUACAACCCGUAGCAGCAAAAAAACACCCUGCUCUGUGUGUACCACCUGAGAAACAGACUCGUCCCCGUGUCUGCAGACUUGUUGCUUGCUCGUUCUCUUGCUGUCACAUGUUUUCACCGUUGUGUGGAUGAACGCAGCUCCCAUACUGUGGUGGUCUUGUUACUCUCCACGUAACCUUUUUCACAUCUUAGCAUCAGAGAUUCACACACGCAGUCUUUGAGAUGUCAGUGGCCGUCACAGCACCGAGAAGUCAAAAUACGUUUCUCCUCACUCUGCCUGCUGCUGGACACAGUGUGAGCCCGACUGCAGCUUUAAUUAUGUAAAGAAAUAUAUUUGCAGAUUAUUCGAUUUCUUGCGAUGAGAUCACUGCCAACCUAUUCCACAAGGAUGGAUCCUCUAUCAAAGUCCCAGCUGGCGUGAAACCAGCAUUUUUUCAACGUCAGACUCGGAUAACAUGCUAUUACCCCCUGAAACCUUGAAGCACAGGUUUUCAAGUUCAGGCGGCCAUGUGGCAGGAAGGAUUUGAGACAUGUAUGCACACACACGUUAUGCUGUAAUUUCUAAACUCUCUAAACUGUCUCUGUCAUUGUUGUGUCAAGACCUUAGUUUUUAACUGAGUAUUCCUGUUGUUAAGAGGAAAUAACCAAACACAAUUGAUUAUUUCUGUCCUCACGUCCGACAAUCAUAGUUUGCCACGAGCAGUUUAAAGUGAUGUCACCCACUGCCCUACUGAAACUGCUGCGGAUUCACAAGUUACCACAACACAUGGUGUCGGCCUCCUGCGUCAGGAAGGUACUGUAUGUUUCACAUCCACGCUGCUGAGGACAGCUGUGGUUGUCACCACCAAAUUCUGACAGUGUGUACAUACAAGCCAGCCAAUAUACUUAUGUCAACAAGUGUGUGCCAAGUUAAUCAGUCGUAUUCUAAACGUAGCUGUAGUUCGUGUACAUGUGAUUCAAUCGAGUCUGAGAGACACUAAUCUGUGCAUGAAAUAAAACUAAAGAAACAACAGGACCACAAAGAAUCUGAAAAUCACAAAAGACAUUGCUUGGUGGAAAAAAAGAGGGACUUUUUUUUCUUUGAAACAGUCAAAGUUUUCAUUGGGAGGAUUUGAAGCUCUAUUGCAUUUUUAUGGCAUGAAUAGAUUACGGCAUGAAAAUGUUACAGUUGUUAAAAAUUAAUUUUUUUGCUACAAUGAGCUUGUGAAUUUUGGAAAAAGAAAAGCGUGCCCCCUAGUAUGUUCGAAGUCUUCCGAAACAUCCCCAGACUAAAACACCUGAACAAUAGAAGACGUAGGAUUUAUUAUGUUGCAUUUUUUUCUGCAUCACAGCCAACAUCGCACAGACGAUCUGGUUUCUCUGCUGAGUCUCAGCAGAUCUUCCCCCCUGCUCUCUGUGACCACGUAUACUGAAUUUUACUCUAAUCAAAUUCACAUGUUUGUGAUUCUCAAUUUUAUUGUGUUAUGCUCCUCAUGUCAAUAAUUGAGUUCUGGGGUGAAUAUUGCCAGCUCUGUGUGGAUGAAACGUAGGGAAGGAAAACAUGCAUUUUGAAACUUAGUCCUCUUAGUGUUGAUUCAUUCUUAUUAAAUUAUCUCCAAAUUUCAUAUUACAAUCGUAUUAUCUCUGCUAAGGAGGCUUGUCUCUGUUUAUCUGUCCGGAUUUCACAAAACUUAACCGAUUGGCACUAAACCCAUCAAAUUUUGGGGUGGAACCAGGAUUUUCUUUUCAUUACUUUCCUCAAAUUUGUUGGAUAAUAAGGAAUUUCUCAGGAAAUAAUCUGCUGAUUAAAAAAAAAAAUCAAUACGAUGGUAUUUGAAGUACAGAUCAAGAAAAUAAUCCUGAUCUGACUGAUGUGUAAGACUGGCAGAGGUAUGCUCUCCACUGCAGUAGACCAUUGCAGUUAUAAGCAAGUUUUAGUGUUUUAACACAGAAAAGUAACAAAAUCAAGUAUACUUUAAAAAAGACAAAACACAGACUAAAGAAAUGACUUGAUUGUGUUGAUGGGCCCCUUUAGAUUCUGUCUUACACUUGACAAAAACUCUGCGAGUUUCAGAGACACUUUUGUCAUUUUCCUGUCCAGCGCCUGAUGUUCGUAUGAAAGUUGCACUUAUCGUAGCACCCAUGGUUGUGCUAAUCUUAAAAUGAUGGUCAGUUGGACAAUUGCUAUUUCAAAACAGUGGUAAGCACUUGCACAAAAACCUGGUCUGAAGUCAGCGGUGCAGUAUUUCCUUGUUAUUUUAAGACACAAUCUCCUCCCCACCAGAUGGUCUGCUCGUGUUUCAAGUCUAUAAAGUCUCUGAUUGGUCUAUUGUUUGUCAAACACACCCAUUACUAACCAAUGUACAACCAGCAUGCGUCUGUUGCAGUGACAAUUUUUCCACUGUUGAAACUCACAUAAGUUGAAAGCACCUUAUAUGCACUUGUGCCAGACCAUGUGCUCAGAUUGUUAAAAUAGAGAAUAAGACCAUGUGCUCAGAUUGUUAAAAUAGAGAAUAAGACCAUGUGCUCAGAUUGUUAAUAUGGAGGCCAAUGUCUCUGAUUAUUUGCACAAAAAGUACUGAAGAGUCAAAUGACAGCUGAAUACAUGAAAAUGAACAUCAAUAAAUGACAUCAUUUCCCCAUGGUUUGAAAUCAUAAAGUUAGCUUCCUGUUUGCUCUGAUGAUGAUCAUAAAGCUGGAGCACAGAUUCAGAGCCUGGUGACUGUUAUAACAUAUAAAAUCUGCUUCAACUUUUAUUCAGGAUAAUUCUUCUUCUCUCAUGGUUCUGUUACUGUCUGGACUGGUUCCUCUCACAUUCCUGUAGACCCGCUCACUAAAGAAUCACAGACGCACUCGAUCGAUGGAGCCAGCUGAAUUUAACUGUUGUUUUUUUUUUUUCUUAGUCACUGUUUCCAUUAUAUUCUGGAGCCACCUGGGAUUCUGUUACAUAACACACACAUGUCCACACACUCCCCUUGCUUGGAUUAAUGACAGAAGUGAAGGAUCAUGGGAUAUACUGGCAAAUGAUUCACUGUUUCAUAAAAGCUUUGGUAUGAGUAGGGUACAUUGUGCUGGGGUUUUUUGGAGGGAAUGAGGGGGGGGGGGGUCUGUGAGCCUCUAUGUUCUUAGUUCUAGUCACUUGAACCUAUCGACGCCACAUUCUAGAUAUUAUUAGUUCAUUUAAAAAAGGUUGAAAUGAUAAUGUUCUAACAUCUGUUAUUCAUUUACUGUCUGCAGUUCAUUGUCUGGAAUAAAAAAGCUUAGACUGUUUAUAGAUUGGACAACACGUCUCCACUUCCUCCCACUAUCCACAAUUGAUGCCAAAAUAUUCCUGACAUGAGCGCUGCCAUCUUUUGCCUGAGUGAGAUACAUGCUCUCUGCCAAUCAGGAGUCAGCCUCAUCUGUCAAUCAUGACAUUUCCCCUGUUUUUAUAGCAAACUUGUCGUGAAAAGUUAGUGAAAGCCAAACUUUGUGGAAACAUGAACAAAAUUGUGGUGAUAGAACACACACUUCUUUGACUUUUUAACACGCAGGAGAUGGAGUUUAUGAGCGUUACUGCAGCCAGCCACCAGGAGGCGUUUAAGAUGAAUUGGCUUCACUUUUGUCAUCCAUCUUUAUGCACAGCCUUUGAAAAACACUUGACAGGCUUUCAAUUACCUCCCUUUAUUUUGUUUAGUUGUAAAUACGUAUACUGAGCAGUUCAACAUGAAUGGACAUUUUCAUUAAUCUUGAGCUAUAACCCUUUUUUGUGGAUAUGAAAGUGGAGAUUGACGCAUUUAUGCCAGUUUGACGUUAAUCUGGACCUUUACAUCUCGGUAUGUUGCAUCUAGCAUGGUAAUGAAAUAGCAGAAUACAUAAGAUAAACCACAAACACCCACCAGCAUCAAUAUCUGCUGCUCUCCUAGUCUCACUUGUUAGUCGGCCUUUCUUCUGUCGUCUUCUCACUUAAACACUCUCUCCAUCUGACCAUUUGUUUGGUCGGCCAAACAUCAAGACAAAGCCAAGCACAUUUGUUUUCAGUGCCAGAUCUCUCAGUUCUGGCUGCACAGCCUGAUGAAACCGGUUUGUCUAAAAGAGGAUUCAAGUCUUGUUGUUUUUACAGAGGGAGUGAGAAAUGAUGGAUUCAUCUAUAGCGCCAUCUCUCAGUUUAUUGUGUUUCAGUAACAAACCUCCCUUAGGAAGAAAUAGAAUUCAAAUACAGAAACACGAGUCUGCUCCGUGUAAUGACAUUUAGUGCUCUCAAGAAAACAAGAUUGUUGUCCUGAAUUGUACCUGCAACAUUGCACAACACUUCUAUUUAUGUGUUUCCUGAUUAUAUCCAACUGGUUUCAUGGAAAGAAUGUGGUAAUUCAAUUGUGGGGGAAAUUGUCUUGAAGAGAAAACUAUAAUUUCAACAAAAGUAUUCAUAGAUUACUGAAACCUUAUUCUCCUCAUUUGCUAAUUUUAUUUUCUAUCUAUGUCAUGUUUUAUCUUAUUUGACAGGGACGGGGCUCACUUAUUAAAAGCAGAAUAUAGAAAUAGUGAGUUAAACUUAAAGACUGGUUUUCUUCAGUUGUCCCUGUGGUCAGACGUUAAUCUUUUGGCUGCAGAUUUAAUUAAAAUAACAUAUAGCACAUUUAAUUAGUAAAGGUAACACACUGCAAUUACAAUGGUUAAACCUAUACUGAAUACAGUGUGUAGAAUAAUAAUAAAACUUGAAUGGACAACUACUUGCAUGUUGACAAAUCUUACAAUUAAUUUAAAUGAAUGUGAAUUGAACAGUUUUCUUAGAACUUAGUUUUCCCUGUAACGUUUAUGUUUCAUAAAAAUUCAUUAAAAAAAAUAAUACCCAGACCAGGUGGACCUGUACAGUUUAUCAUCAUCAUUUUUUUUUAAAUUAUAAUGGUUGUCAUUUUUGUUGUUGGUCUCCCGUCACAUUUCUUCUCAUUGUGUAAACCUUCAUAUAUUGCACUUUAUCCCUCCAGUGACCAGGGAGUGGCUCAACUGAAUGACUUGAGAAAUUCUUAAGAAAGAGGGCUACAGUAUUGAACAUGGAACAUGAGUCAAUUGUUGCUUAUCGUAAAAUAUUAUGAUCUUUUAUUUGUAGUGUGUGUGUGUGUGUGUAUGUGUGUGUAUGUGUGGUGGGGGGGUUGCGGGGCAUCAAUAUAUUGUAACUAAACCCAGCAGAAAUAACAGCAUUGCUAUUUUGUAAUAUAAAAACAAUUAUAUGUACUAUUAGAGGUGUCUCUGUCCUAUUCUUGUACCUUGAUGCACGUGUAGGAAUGUCUAUGAUUUUGACUUUUAAUAAAUUUUACUCCGAUUUUUCCAA